AUGUUUUUCUACACAAUUAUCGGUGGGUACGUUCUUACAUCUAUUAUUUUGUUUAAAUACCCGAGACUUUGGCACAAAAAAAAGAACAUCAAAUUCACUUGUCAACAUAUAAGUCAUCGGGGAGGAGCUGGAGAGAGCUAUGAAAAUACUAUGGCUGCAUUUAGAAGGUUGAGUAAAAAUAAAUUAAGUAGCUUGGACAUUUUAAUUAUUAUAUUUAAUUAUAGAGCAGUGGCGAUUGGCACGCAAAUGUUGGAACUGGACUGUCAGUUGACCAAAGAUGGACAAGUUAUUGUUUCGCACGAUCAGAAUUUAUUGAGGAGUACUGGAGUUGAUAAAAAUGUCUCCCAAGUCAAUUUUAAAGAUUUACCUAUUUUAAAACCAACAUUGCCAAUAGAUUUUAAUCCAGAAGUUGAAUUCGUCGGAUCCGGAAAUCCAGAGGAACGUAAAAUUCCUUUGCUGAAAGACGUAUUCGAAGAAUUCCCGAACUUUCCAGUAAAUAUUGAUAUAAAAAUGAACGAUGAUCAAUUGAUAGAAAAAGUAUCAGAGUUAAUAAAACUCUACAACCGCCAUGAGUACACAGUGUGGGGUAAUUUCAAUGACGAAAUUACCACCAAGUGUUACAAAGCUAAUCCUAGUAUCAACUUGCUAUUUUCAAUGCGCCGUGUCAUUCUUCUUAUUUUAUUUAUGUAUACAGGGCUUUUGCCCUUUAUACCGCUUAAAGAGAGCCAUUUAGAAAUAUUUUUACCUUCUAUUUAUUUGAGACGACGAUCUACUCCAGUAGCAUCAUUUUUAUCCUACGAAAAAAUAAUUUGUCGUAGUAUAGAUUUGUUACUGAUGAGGCCUUGUUUGUUUAAUCACUUAAAAGCUCGAGGAAUUCAAGUUUAUUUCUGGGUCCUGAAUUCAGAAGAAGAGUUUCAGCAAGCUUUUGAACUUGGAGCUACCGGGGUGAUGACAGAUUAUCCCACAAAGUUGAAAAAAUUUUUGGAAAAAAGAACCAAUCCUUUAGUAAAUGCACAGAGUUAA